AUGCAGACUGACGAGAGUUCAUCGGUAUCUAUCGACAUUGAUGAUAGUGGGCUCAUGCCGGAAGAGAUGGAGUCGUCUGAUGAAGAUGUACUGAGGGUCAACAGAAGGGGACGGAGAUUGCGAGUAAUUGAGUCUGAUUCGAAGGAUGAGGCAGACGAAGUCGACUUGGACCUCCCAGCAAAUUUCCAUCUCCGCCGAUACGGAAGGCUUUCAUGGAAUCUCCGGGAAUUGGAACGCCGUGAGGAGUUGAUAGAUUGGUUGAAGGAGGUAGAAAAGAAUCCAUCAGCAGGUCGAGAAGCCCUAGACCCACGACGUGAGGAGCUCGAAGUUGUAGCAAAUUGGAGGCAGCAAGAUCGGGAGCAUCAGGAGAUUUAUUUUGAUAUCCGUAUUCCACGUUCGCCAGUAAAAGGUUACUGGGUCCUCAAGUCAGAUGGAAAAAGGAAUGUGUUGUCGUCUUACUACGCUGCGCAAAUGAGAUUGAAUGUAUCACAGACCAGAUCGGAUGGAAAUGCCGCCUAUGGAGACCCAGAACACCCUCUUUAUGACGUAAUUAAAAACAGUAACAGAACAUGUUACGUAGCUAGACCACCUAUGGACAUCAUAUACGUGGCAUCUCUAAUUCAUCCGGAUAAGAUGGGUGCUGAUUUGUGGGAAACUAUUAAAUCAAUUGAACCGGUUCAAGAGGACAAUCAGUUACAAGAUUAUAUUGGGAUAUAUAAUGGAAAUCAGGGGAAUUUUUCAAUGAGAACUGGCAACUUUUCUCCGAAAGAACAAAACCGAAGCAUUUUCGACAAAACCAUUGGUAGUAAUGAUCCAGAAUAUUGCAUUGAAAAGAAGGUUAUUCUAUGCAACUCAACAAAUACAAAGGAAAUUGGGGAAGGAUUCCUGAAGGCAUACGGACAUAAAUUCAACAAAAUCCAUGGAGUCGAGCGCUACAUAAUAACGGAAACCGCAAAACCACCAUCUGAUCUGAUUAAGAAAGCACAUAAAUAUGCCGUCGAUGGGGUCCCAAUGUUUGAAUUCGUUGAAGAUGAAGAUCUGGAGCGGUCCAGCCCACCCCUUUGGGCUACUCUCGACCAAGUGACCACACUCCCAUACACCAUCUGUAAAAAAGAUCUGUUAAUCCGAUACGACCCAAACAACCCGUACGAAAAGCGACAUUACAAGUCAUUCAAGAAUUUUGAUCGAUUGGUGGAAGAAUUUGGCUAUCCCCCUGAAGAGUAUUUUGUGACCGUUGAUGAUUCUCGAGAUCACCUUCGAUACUGA